AGCAGCUGGAUUUACAAACACAAAGGUCAUGUGCUUCACAGGCACAGCAUGAAAACACUAAGAUUUAAAACUUAUGUAAAGACUAGAAUGAUGACGUCCUCCGCUGAGAGGGGUUCCCGUUCCUUCAGCUCUCAUCGCUGGCUUCGCACAGGACGCACGGACGGACGGACGGAGAACCCGAGAGUCUGUCUUUUUAACACAUCAACACCCGAAGCAUUUAGAGAGGUUUUCCACAGGGGUGGAUCCCUGUCUGGAACCGGCGGGACUCGCGUCUGUCUGAAGACAGUCGGACUGAAGGUCGCAGUCGGAUCCGGACUCCUGAGCCUCGUCCUCUCGUCCUGCAGCAUGGAUGCGUUACUGGAUCACUGUGGACCGACGGGAGCCGCGUGUCUGCUCUUCUUGUACCUUCAUGCCUUCGAGGCUGCAGCUGCCUGUCUAUUUCCUGAGGGUGCGGAAUAUACCAUCGUGUCUGAUGAAUCACUGUUAUUGAAUGAUUUUCCAGACGGCACGACUGUCAUUUUAGAAUGUGCCAAUGGUUAUGAAAGAGAAUCAGGCUCUGGGAGUAUAAGCUGCGUUGAUGGGAUGUGGACCGAAACAGAUCUCCAAUGCAAAAAGAUAGACUGUGGUCCACCUCGAGCCCAGCCACACAUGAGCUUUGACUUGAGUGGCGGCACCCUGUUUACUAGUUUGGUUAGAGUGAUUUGUGAUGAGGGAUACCAAAUCUCCGGCUCGAGCUUCAAAAAGUGCUACAGCACUGGGUGGGUCGGAAGAGCAAAGUGUGAACUGAUCCGGUGUAAGAAGCCCCCUGAGGUGGCCAAUAGCAAGAACUCAUGGAUGUCUGAAGGCCAGCCAGUCUACAAUGACACCAUAGAGUACAGAUGCGACCAAGGGUUCACCCUGCAAGGACCGGAUCACAUCACCUGCAGCCAAUACGGACAAUACGAUUCCCAGCCCCCUGAAUGCAGCAGUGUGACAACAGUGGAGAUACUUACAUCACAAAUUAUUACUACUACAGCUACAAGUACAAGUACAACAGCAACUCCGACAACAACUCAAACACGAGGAGCAUCCAGCUCAACAGACGCCACAGCUCCCAGAGCGGAAACCGCCCCCACGUCAGCCGUUUUACACUCAGAACCAGAGGAGUUGAGCGAGGCUGUAGAUACAAAUAAAAACAAAAAAACUGGAAAGACAACGCUUUCCUCCAUAUUGGUUGGUGGUGUUGGACUCGCAGGUUCAAUUGUAUGUUUUGCCAUGUGGUCUCAUAAAAGGAAAAAAGGAUGUUCUGAGGAAUGAAGGAAGUCAACAGGAAAAGCUUUCACUGAGGUCGGAUGUAACAAGGAACAGUGGGAUAUAAUUACAAAGAGGGAAGAUUUAUCAGAAUACUUUUAAUAACGAUCCAGAAAACAUGUCACAAAGGACCAGUUGUGAACAAUGCACAGACUGUCGUGCUCAAACUUUGAACUGUGAGGCUUCAGUUGAAGCCUGUGAAUCAAAUCACUUCCACUGACGUGAGCAAAAUAACUUUCCUUAAACAUCAAACUCAUAUUAACUAUGUGCUUUAUUCAGCCUUAAUAAACUACGUUAAGAAAAUACUGCAGGGACUAACACUAACACUGGCCAAUGCUAAUUAGCUAUUUAAUCUAAAACAAUUGUAACAUUAAACAGCAAUUCUUAACCUUUUUGUACUGAAUAAUAAAUUCCUUAUUUGAUGACACCAUAGCUCAUAUGACACCAGAGAAGACCUGAAGACGGAGUUAUUACAAUUCCAUAACACUUACAGUAGAUUUCCUGCCUCACUCAGGUACAAGUUGAUUCUGUAAUUACCGUAAAAACAUUAAAGCUCCUCUAAAAUGAGUGGUUGCGCAUCACUGCCGUGCAUGAAUGAAACUGAUCCCAUGCCGUUUCCCCUUCACAGCUCUGCAAACGCAACCGCGCCCAUCUGACGAUCUGCUCCCACGAAGGCCGGCCACCGGUGAAUCAAACCCUCUCAAACUCCAGGGAUCAAAAGCACUUUUUAAAUCAUGCAUUUUUUACUGACAGUUUUAUGAAUCCUAAAUUCUAUAUUUUUCUGUAUGUGUGAAUAUUUUAUACCAAUCUUGUGUAACUGUUAUUUAUUGUAAACCUGUGAUAAACCCAUUCUCAACAUUU